GUCCCGAGCCCGGGCUGCGCGGUGGACUCGGACGGCUGCGCGCCGAUCGGGACCCCGCUGAGCACGCCGAGCAUCUGGAUGAGCCCCGCGAGCUCUUCGAGGGCGGCGGCGCGCGGGCCGUCUGCGCGCGGGGCGGACGUGGACGCGAAGAGGAAGGCUUGGUGAAGCGGGAGGUGGAUGGAGGCGAUGAGGUGGGGGUGGAUGAUGGGCGCCGGGCUCGCGGCGAGGGGGGCGAGCGCGUCGGUGAUGAGCGCGGCCGCCUCGGAGACCUGGUGGCGCAGGUCUGGCUGCUCCGUCGCGGUCGCGGCGCGCUUGGGGGGCGGCCCCUGGGGCGCGUCGUCGGGGCCGUCCGCGGAGUCCCACCUGCGCUUGCCCUUGUCGAGCUGGAUGGCGGGCGCGUCCGAGUUGCGGAGGGACGCGAAGAGCAGCGAGGACUGUGCGAGCGCGAUGACGGCCUCGCGCAGGUGCCUCGCGACGGCCUUGGUCACUUGUCUGCAGGAGAUGCAUUGGGUGAAGAUGUCUAGCACGUUGUGGUGGUCCCCGCCGGGUAUAGUGGAUGCGGCGAGCGUAGAGCGCACCAGCGGGUUCUUCUCGGCCGAGGCGAGGAUGGCUUUCAUGGUGAGGAUGGCGGCGGCGCUCCGUCUCUCGCGGGCAGUUCCAGGGUCGUUUCCGUGUGCAAGUUGCUCAGAGCUAUAUGUGUUUCUUAAGGUAGACGGGCCAGCAACAGGUUGUUGUGUCGAAGAUGGUGCGGGUGCGAGUCCUAGAGCAGACACUGUUUGACUCGCCUGUUGGGUGGCAGUUGUCUGGGCCCUCGCCUCCUGCUGCGCUCGCUCGAUAUCUGCUCUGAGUUGGUCCUGGAGCCGACGGGCCAUCUGCUCCGCUUCGGCCUCGAUGUCGUCCUCGGAGUCGUCGUCCCAUGCAUCUUCGUCGUCGAUGUUGUGGUCCGACUGGGGGAUGCUUUCCAUUGCGGCGGGUUGCCUGCCUGUCUGGUAGUUGGUACAAUGUGUGGCUCGUUUUGUACAAGUACAGGUGUAUACACGUCGGCACUGGGCCGGGGUCGCCUUUGGCAGAGGAGAGG